AUCACAAACACACAAACUGGUAUACCGUUCAUGUGGCUCUUGAUAAGUUAGGGGACUGCGCAUAAAAUAAAACAAAUAUUAAAAGGGAAGUAGUCAUACCAGUUCACACUGUUCACAGUUGUUUCUUUACGUCAAGCUGAAACUGCUAAUCCAAAUUAUUUUGACAGAUUAUUACUGAUCAGAUCAAGGCUCAAACGAAAAUGAGUUAUCCGGGGUACCCGUAUCAACAGGGAUCAGCACCAGGAGCACCCAGUCCAUAUCCACAACAACCCUCAGGGGGAGCACCUUAUCCUCAUGCAAGUCCCUACCCAUCUGGUGGACCUGUUAAUCCAAAUAGCUUUGGUCUGUCUUCUAAUACUCCCAUGUACAUGCCACAACCUAUGCCUAUGCCUUCAUAUCCUCCAAACAGUGGGGGUUUUCCUCCAGCACCUCAUUCUCUAGCAAGAAGUGGUUCACAAUAUCCUCCAUCCCCAGGAAGAGGAUAUCCACCGUCAAGUGGAGGCUAUCCACCGUCAAGUGAGGGCUAUCCACCGUCAAGUGGAGGCUAUCCACCAGCCAGUGGAGGUUAUCCACCGAGUGGUGGAAGCCACCCACCAUCCAGUGGAGGCUAUCCACCGAGUGGUGGAGGCCACCCUCCAUCCAGUGGAGGCUAUCCACCGAGUGGUGGAGGUCACCCUCCAUCCAGUGGAGGGUAUCCACCGAGUGGUGGAGGUCAUCCCCCAUCCAGUGGUGGUUACCCUUCUCAUGGAGGAUAUCCUCCUUCCCAUCAUGCUCCUGGUGCUCCUCCUUCUGGAUCACACAAUUAUUCUGGAAAAGGAUCUCAAGGGCCUUAUGGAGGUUUCUCGUAUACUCAGCAUAGUGCCCCUCAGAUGACUCAGGGUCAUGUUACUUCUAAAAAUAAGAGAACUCCUACAGUUGUUCCUGCUCAUCCCUUCGACCCUCGAGCAGACGCAGAAAUUCUUAGAAAAGCCAUGAAGGGUUUCGGAACUGACGAAAAGGCCAUCAUCAAUGUUUUAACCAAACGAACCAAUGAUAGAGAUUUUGAUCAGAGAUUGCAAAUAGCUAUUCAGUUCAAGACAUUAUAUGGAAAGGAUUUGAUAAAAGAUCUGAAGAGUGAGUUGAGUGGUAAUUUCGAAAACUUGGUUGUUGCCAUGAUGACACCUCUACCAGAAUUCUAUGCCAAAGAAUUACACGAUGCCAUGAGUGGUGUGGGUACCGAUGAAGAUGUGCUCAUAGAAGUGUUGUGCACCAUGUCUAAUAACGAGAUUAGAACCAUUCGACAAGCAUAUCAUUCAAUGUAUUACAAACCCCUCGAAAGUGACCUAAAAGGCGAUACAGGUGGUACGUUCAAACGACUAAUGGUCUCCCUUUGCAAUGCUUGCAGAGAUGAAAGCAUGGUCACGGAUCACCAAAAAGCAGCUGCAGACGCCCAAGCAUUGCUUCGAGCUGGAGAAUUGCGAUUUGGAACUGACGAAUCUACCUUCAACAUGAUAUUGUGUCAGCGCAAUGUCGCACAGCUACAACUCACCUUUCAAGAGUAUCAACGUAUAACAGGUCAUGACAUUGAGCAGGCCAUUAAAAAUGAAUUUUCGGGAGACUGUGAGGAAGGCUUUCUUGCUGUUGUAAGAUCUAUAAAGAAUAAAGCAGCUUUCUUUGCCAAAAUGUUGAAUAAGAGUAUGAAAGGAUUAGGGACCAAUGAUUCACAGUUGAUCAGAAUAGUAGUGACCAGGUCUGAGAUUGAUAUGGGUGAAGUGAAGAGGGAAUACCAAUCAAAAUAUGGAGAGUCUUUGGCUGAAGCAAUCAAGGGUGACUGUUCCGGCCAUUACAAGAAAUGCUUGUUAGCUCUCAUUGGCGAGUCUUCUUAAAUAUCUGUUUCGAGAAAGAUAGGAAUUGAAUCUCAUAAAAUAUAAAUUAUAUAGAGUAAAUCGACUCUUUUUUGUAUAUGUUUAUGUUUUAUAUACGUUUAUUUAAAAAUAAGUAGUAUUCAACAAAUAUUCCAAUGUUUUAUGCUUAGUUCUAUAUAUAUUCGCAGAAUGAUUCAACAAUUUUUAAAGACAUUAAUUAUUUUUUCAAUUUGUGCUUUUUUCUCAUGUGAAUAAAUCUCUGUACUCUUAUUA